UCGCCAGCUGCACGGACUCUCUGCCGGACUGUGAGACAUGUGGCUGAGACUUUCUGAAAGCUCCACUGCGUUUUUAGCCAGAAACACUUCCCAGAUAGUGCGAGUCGUCAACAUUUUCAUAGCAGGGAUUUGGACGGUUAAAACAUAAUUUAAAAGGUGCAGACCAGCCGCAGUUGCACUAAAAGUGGUGAUCGGGACAGCCCAGGGCCAGACAUGACUGGACCUGAAAGCGGUCAGGGCCCGUCAGAUGGGGCAGAUACUGAGGAGGCGGAGAAGUGUCCGAUCUGUUUGGGCAUCCUGGCUGGAGGCGAGCUUGCCAUGCCUGACAGCUGCUGCCACGUCUUCUGCCUCAGAUGCCUUCUCACAUGGGCAGAGUUACAGAUGGCUCCUUCCUGUCCAGUAGACAGAAGACCUUUCUCUCAUGUUUACAGAUGGGAUGGGAAUCUCCGCUGUGUGCAGGUUCCUGUGAGGAAGCAAACAACUCAACCUGAAGCUGACAAUUGUUGCUGUAGAAAUCCUGAACAAAAAGUCUGUCUCAAAAACAAAUCUGCCAGAAGAUUAAGAUGGCAAAAAUCUGAGAGGACAGCAGAUGCCAAAACAAAAGGACUUGUGAGGAAAUGUAAUGAUGAGGACCCCUCCUCUUUGAGCAGAAAAAAGGUGAGAGGGACAGAGUGCUGUGCUUGGUCAUCGUCUCCCUGUGUCUCAAUAACAACCACAUCAACACCGGACAUUGCGGAGCCUGUUUGGAUGACAGAGGACAUACCUUAUGACACUGAUUUUGCCAAGUGCAAACCCCAGAUGCAGGGCUGUCCAUGGCUGUCCUCUUCUGCUGCCAUCCCUGCUAAUGGCACCUCAAGGCAGAGUUUCUAUCCAGCCAGUUGCAGCCAAACUUUGUUUCCCUUUGGACUCAGCCCACCUUCCUUCACCCCCAGCUCACCCUUGGGCUCUGGGCAUUUUGUAUUUGAGGGUGUGGUCUGUGCCAUCACAUGUCCCAAAGGGGGAGAGAAGAGAGGCAGCCGAGCCUCAACCUCCAAAACUUCCACCAAAGAGGCGGAUUCUUUACCAACCAGAAGAUCUGGACGCAACAGCAAAACCCAGGAAGAGACUCCGGCAUCUGACCCAUCACCACCUCAAUCAAGUUCAUCAGACUCUGAUUCAUCAACAAACCAGUCCGCCAAGCCGACUAAAACUUCUCAAGCACCAGCCAAGAGGAAGGGCAAACAGGUAAUAAACCGAAAGGCGAGUGGCAAGCGGAAAGCCCAAACAAGAAAAAAACCCUCUCCCCAACUUGUUAGCAGCCCAGCAGCAAGUGAAGAGGAGGAAGAAGACGAUGGAGGUGACAAUAUGGAGGAGGAAAAAAUAGAUAAUGAGGAGGACACAAAUGAAUCCGAGCAGCAGCAAUCUGAUGCUGAAGGAAGCCUUACUGCAGAUCAGGACCGUUGUAACAGUCCUGAAAUGGGAGAAAGUUCAGGACUUUUGAGUAAUGAUAUGGGACAAGACACUGAUGAGACCCAGGAACCACCCAAUGAACAAGAUAUUAAGCCAGAAGAAGAUGACAAGGACCCGUCCUGUCUCUCAGAUUCGGCCGCUCCUAGCCCUAAUUCAUGCUCUGAAAGCAGUCAGGACAAAAUAGAGGAGGAGGAGGAGGAGGAUGAAGAAGAAGAGGAGGAGGAGCCGCCAGCCAGUCCCUUUGCAUCUGGAGACAAGGACUCUGAGAAAAGAGCCUCUCCAUCACCCCCUGACUCUGAAGAUGCUCUGCUGGAAGACCUGAUGUCUCCCCAUUGUGAUGAGCAAACAGAUCCGGAUGUUGACAUGGUCAUUUGUGCAGAGUCGGAUGAAGCAGAUAAUGAAGAAUCUUUGCAAGAAGUGGAAGCCGAAUCAUGCGAAAACUUGGUCCAGACUGGCUCCCCUCCUGCUGGUGAGUUGGAGGAAUGUGUAACUGACCCAGAAACAAAAGCUGCUGAGGACGGCGAUACAAAGAGGGCUGAAUCAGAGGAACCUUCAGUAGCUGAUGGUUCUGUAGAAAGCAUGAAUAACCUUCCAUCUACAGAUGACACUAACGUUGUCCCCAUGGACUGCAGUUCACCCACAAGUGAGCAUGGUGACAGUGCCAUUUUGGAACUGUCGAAGGAGAAUGCUGAUUCAGCUGCUGCAGGAUCCCCUCCUUCAGAGAGCCAGGUCAUCCAGGACGAGAGCUACAAGGGCCAACCUGAGAGGGAAAAGAGCCAGGAGAGGAAGAAUGGCAGGCAGCGACGCUCCCGCUUCCACUCCCCAACCUCCACUUGGUCACCUAAGAAAGACUCUACACGAGAGCCAUCCAGGCGCUCACACUCAAGAGAGCGUGAUGACAGCCCACCCUCUAGCCGCUCUUCACGAGCUCGCAGCAGAGACCGAGACAGAGACAGAGACCGGGGCCGUGAUCGUGACCGGGACUGUGAUGGAGAGAAAGACUAUUCUAGGAGGGAGCGUAGUCGUGAGAGGAGGAGAAGACGAUCAAGGAGUCGCUCUAGAUCCAGGUCCCGAUCUCGGUCUAGGUCACGAUCCAGAACAAGGUCUCACAGACGGGGUCCCAGCCCUGAAUAUCCAACAUCCAGAGAGCAGUCUCCGCAGAGGAGGGAGCGUCGAGGUGGGUGGAGGUCAGGUCAGGGCAGUGGAUCUGGUGGUGAGGGACGGAGGUAUCACGGAGGCGCUGGCCGCUUUGAAAAUGGUGUGCCUUCUGAAGGUUCCCCAGAUCGCCAGGCCUGGUCAGAAAAUCCUGACUGGGUCACAGAAAAGACUAGUGAAGCUGAGAAGACCCGGGACCUUGGCUUUAGUGGUGGCAGUAACCGUGGUGGGAGUAAGGGAGAGUCACGUGGCCGGGGUGGCAGAGGUGCAGGGCGUGGUAGUAAUAGGAGCUUUUACACCCAGCAGGAAGAGACCUCAGACAACCGCUGGCAGCCCAGAAACAACUUCUCAGGUACAGGCAACAAUUCAGGGAAUGACGCAUACAGUCGCUUCAAUGAAAACAGGGGUGGUGGCCGGAGGAAAGAGUCAGAUCCAAGUGACUCUAUGCUCGACCGCUCUGGAUGGUCUUCGGCAUCCAGCUGGGCUGUCAGGAGGAAACUACCUGCUGACGUUCAGGACUAUUACUCCAAGAAGGAGAGAGGUGGACCGGGAGGCUGGAACCGAGUAGAGGAAGAGCAACCAGCUGCAGUAGCAGAUCCCUCUAAAAGUGAGCCCCCUCCCCAGGCAGUCCCAGGUAACGCUCCGGUGCCUGUGAUGAACGUGGUUCCUCCUCAUCCUCCUCAGCUGAAUGUUCUUCACCAUCACUACCCCAUGCAGGGCCCACGAGGAGCCCUGCCUGUCAGCCUGCAGCCUGCUGCACCGUACGCAAUGCCUCCUCCAGUCCCUGUGCAUCUCCACCCUGCUGUGCCACUGCUUCAGGUGCCUGCUGUCGGCGCUCAGGGCCUCCCACCUCCUCCCCCACCGCCUCCACCCAUGCAGCAUGGCAGCCUGACUGCAGCAGCCCAGCCUGAUCACCACAUGACUCAGAUGGUCGGCGCCAUGGUGGGUUAUGGCAAACCUGCCCUGCUUCCCACUCCUACCAAAGCUGGUGGAGUGACCCAGGGACUGAUGGCACUCAGCCAAGUGCUACCGUCUUCUACAACUCAGUAUGGUCAUCACAAGGCUCAACCCGACAGCUCUAAAAAAGAAAAGAAACAUCAGAUUCAAGAGAGAGCUGUAAACGAAGUGAAGACAGCCAUUAAACCUUACUACCAAAAGAAGGAAAUCACCAAGGAGGAGUACAAGGAGAUAGUCCGCAAGGCAGUAGAGAAGGUGUGUCACAGCAAGAGCGGCGAGGUGAACUCCAGCAAGGUGGCCAACCUGGUGAAGGCCUACGUGGACAAAUACAAGCACGCUCGCAAGAAGUGACCACCUGCUGUGCUGACGGCACAGCUACGCCCUCAGUGACCCAUUCAGCUGCUCAAGUGCAAUUUCCUCAAGCUGGAAUUUGGCCUCCAAACUGAAAGUUGUUGGAGAGCCGGCAUUUUCAUUUUUUUGAUAUCUGUACCUUUUAUUGAACGAUGAAGAUUUUUUUCUAUAGAUUUUCAUAUUUUGCUAGGAAAGAAUGACCCAAUCAGAAAUUAUAAUGCAAGAGCCCUUUAUUUUGCAUAGAUCAUGUGGCUUGGGAACUACUGUAAGGAGCGCAGGGUGGGUGGGGGGGUGAUACUUGUGAUGCAAUGCUCAUUGAACAACAUUAGCUCCUGUAUUAGAUUGCCUCUCCCAGGGUGCUGGCUGGUACGAAAUAUUUCUCCUCCAUGGCAUCCUGAUCACAUAGCUUAUUAACAGAAUAUUGUCAAUGUUCUUUUUGUUGUUGUUUUUUUUGUUAAAUAUAUCAUAUUUCAGAGAAAAAUGCUAGUUUAACAAAAGGUGCGUUGUCUCGAUUAGUCUGUGGCCCAAUCAUGGGCUGGAAUCUGAUGAGUGUGAAUAUAAUUUUGAUUUGGUGGACGAAGUGCUAAAUGGAAUGGCCAGUCAGCAGUGACUGUGUGGUGCAGGUCCUGGGGGAGGGGCUAAUCAGAUGAAACUGACCCCAACAUCCUGCCUCAAUGUGUAAUAAAUGUCAGUGCGAGAACAUGAACUGUGCAAAGUGUCCAGAGAGUAGUAAAAUAAAUUAGCUGCUUCCUGA